AUGGGAUUUGGCACCCGAGUCAAGCUUAUCCUGGAUAUUUCCAAAGCCCAGAUUACACCGAAAAACCCUCCAUCACUCCGGACGCUCAGAUAUGCAUCAUAUACAUGGGCUUAUUUCGAAAUAAAACAGAUCGAGGGCAAUUUGGAGUACCAGUGGACCAAGCUGAACAUCUUCACCCGAUGGGUGGCGUCCACUAAUCAGACAUUCCUGCUUCUUUUCGAUCCGAAACCGUCCGUUCAGGAGUCAAUUCUCGAGUCGCUAUCAGAUUCAACUCUGUCGGAGUCUCAAUUGAGGAUUCCAUUCUGGCCAUACUCGCACGUGUUCGAGAUUAUAGCCGAUCUCGAAGAGGCCGCCGUUUGGGCUAUCCGUAAUCAAGUGAGGGCGAUUGAAAAAGAGACGAAUCCAGAUAUAGCCCAACGACCGAAUUACAGGAGAAUGCAUGACAUUGCCCGCCACGCUAUACAUGUCAACGAGAAUCUAGAUGUCUCGGUGCAGAAUAUCGAGACUAUCCUAAAGCACUAUACUCUCUACAUGAGACCAAAACGGAAAGAGUCAUACUUCGGCGCAGGCGAAGAUAUCCGGAAUCAACUAGAAUUCUUUCGGGGCUAUAUCGCAAAUCUACGCCAUCGCUCCGUCUCCAACGAGAAACGGCUUCAGAACGAGAUCCAACUAGCCUUCAAUACUGUCGCCCAGGCUAGUGCGGCAACCUCUGUGGAGAUAGGUCGGGCCGCACAGAUCGAUAAUUCGGCCAUGAAGACGAUCGCAUUUGUCACGCUAGCCUUUCUCCCACCUACCUUUAUCUCGUCGAUUUUUAGCAUGUCAUUCUUCCAGUGUGGGGACAAUGGCUGGGGCAUGUCGAACAAGUUUUGGCUCUACUGGGUGGUUGCUAUUCCAACAACCAUUGCUACAGUCAUGAUUUGGCAGUACUGGCAUAAAAUCUCCCCCAGCUUGCAUCAUCAGCCAACGGUAAUUCCUAGCCCCAAAGAACAUGUAUAA